CCAGUCCACUCAGAGGAGGCGCAAGACAGCGGGAUAAGCUGAAUAGAGAGAGCACAGUCCUACACAGCCACUCCCGAGCACACGGAAAAAGACAGACAGGGAGAAAGACAGAAAAGAGAGAGAGAGAACGAGCGCUCACAGCUCGGCUUUGUUCUAUUUGAAGUCUUCAGGGUUUGAACCGGUGCCUCUCUGUGAUCUCUCCUCAAAUCAGUUUGCUUUCUUCCCCCGGGCUAAGAAGUGUGACUGCAAACCUUGUGCCUUUGAAUCCCUCCCCCACACCGCUCUCUGUCUCUCUCUCCCUCUCUUCCUUUAUCUCCUGCGUGGAGCGUUCGAGAUGUUUAAAAGAAGCAAAAGCGAAGUUUUGGUGGACGAUGAAACGUCCGAAGGAGAGGAGGACGCGCCCUGGCAUCGGGAGCGCGCGGAUAAGGAUAAAGAAUCCGAAGGAACAGAGGAAGUGCUGGGCCCCUCAACUAAGGACUCCAAGAUCAAGAAGGUGAAACCUAAGAAGGACAAAGGAGACAAGAAGCUGUUUCCUUCACAAGAUGACGAGCACUUCCUGCUUACAGGAGUCCCGGUCUCGCACAGGAAAGGGUCUGCUAAGAAGAACCUGGAGGAAGAGAAGGAGAAGGAGAAGGGUAAAGCGCACCCGGAGAAAGACCGUGUCCACUGCCUUUGGGACAGCAUCACCAUGACCAUGCGUCAGAUCACUCCGAACAGGAAGAUGGACAGGAUGGAGGGCUGGGAGCCGCCGCAGCUGAGCGAGGAAGCGGAGGGGAAGAGAAGCGACGUUGAGGGGAAGAAGAGCGACUCGUCUCCGCUCUCUACCGGGCUCUCGCUCUCUCUGCCUGGCUCUCUGACCCUGCCGUCCUGGACGGGCAUCGGCUCCGAGGAAGACUCUUCACGCUACGCCAGUCUGAGCGAGCCCCAAGCCGCAGGACCCUCGCAGUGGGCCGCACGUGCUCGAGAUAAACUCGCGGCCGUGCGACGUCGCAGCCCCGGCAGCCAAUCAGAGAGCGCGUGGGAGGGGCUUAAGUGAAAAAUCCAAAGCUCCUUAUAGAGCUCGUGUGACGCCGAACACUCAAGCGCAUGGAAAUGUAACUCGGAUUGGAUAGCAUGCACAGAAGCAAAAAUCGACAUAGGGAGCAGGUGAACAGAAUGAGGACGUGCCCUUUUGAGUGUUGACUCGAUGACAUUUAUUUUGAAGGUCUAAAACUACAGAGGACCCUUAUCCGCUAAGAUCCUGUGGCUUUUUAAACCAGAAAUGGCCAUUUAAAAAAAAAAUAAUAAAAAAAAUUAUGAUUUAAAUCAGUUUCCUUUGAAGGACGCACUGAGUUCUAUGGACGGACUUCACCAUAUCUGCUGCCUUUUUUGACCAGUGGCGCAAGACUGCGGCACUGAAAUGCUUGUUAACGUUACACCAAAACAGUUUGAUAUUUAAUCGUAGUAAUAAUCAUUCAUUGCAAUCAGCCUUAAAUCUUUAAUCGUUUUUGACCAAUUGCUCGGACGCCUCGUUCGACCGAAGGUCGUCCGCGCUGCUCAAAGCCACAGACGGGGGGGCGACGUAAGAGACUACCGUGCCUUAUAAGCUCUAAAACGAAUCGGGACGAUACGAUUAGGACGGAUGACGCGGAGAAAGUGUUGGAAAUCUUCUAAACGAUGCCUUAUACCACCUGACUGUGAACACCACACAGUACUGUAACCUUCACUAAAGCUUUUGUUUUACGAACCGUCACGGGAAACGAGUCUCGUUCGAAAACACUUCAUGCUGUGCGUACAAUCUGGCAACUCGGGCGUUCGGAGAGUUUAAUACGAGGCGGUGCAGAUGCAGACCUGCCAACCUUUUCGUGUCGCAACUUCAUAUUUCAACAUCGGAGUACGGUGUCGAGUCGAGCCACCAGAAUCGACUUGUGAAUCUGGAAUGGUUCAAUUGUGUAGGUGUCGUGUUUUUGUUUUUUUUGAAGUCUCUGAUAUUAACUACCCCAUCCCUCCCCCCACACACUCACACACCUGGAAGCCCCUCCCACCUCCCCACCCUACCUCCAUGUUACAUUAGUAAUCUGUUGACUUGAUUCAAAGUCAAAUGUUUAACGUGAAAUCAAAUCCAUCGACGUACAGCUGACUUGGCGGACACGUUUUAGACAAGGAUCGAGUUAAUAUCAGGUAAAUAUAGCGAAUAUUUUCUGCCAAAGAUUCUCAGUAUUCGAAGUGUGACUAUAGAAACUGGAGUGCACAUGUAUACAGGGUUUUACGUUAACCAUGAGGUGCUUGGGGGGGGGGGGGGGCUGCCGCUGGACUGUUUUAGUUUAGAAGUUAGGGACAGGAAAGUUUUUAUGAAACCCUUUAUGUAAACGUUUCUAACGACUAGUGCACAUGGUGGUUACCAUAAAACCCUGCAACAACACGCGUUCCAGUUACUUAGACAAGCGAUUCGCGGGACUACGCGUUAUUCCUCUUCAGGGUUUGCAGGUCUGCAGUUGUAUCUCGGCCCUAAAGGCAUUUGUAGAACGUUCUCACGAGGUACGUUUCGUCACCGCUGUAUGAAAGCUCUACUGCUGUGAGACAUCCAUUCCCUUCCUCUUUUUGAGCCUUAAAAAAAUUUAAAUAAAUAAAAAAUGAGUGAAACUACUGUACAGCUACCGAUGCUGAAUUUCUCAAUAUAUACGUCUUAUAAUUGCUAUAAACGUCUUAUAAUUGCACCGAAGGAGUUCAAGAAAAAUUCGAACCAAAUAUCAAAUUGACCUACUCCAAAUAUAGUCGAUCAGCCAACACGCAUUCGCUGCUGAUGAGUCAUGGAAGGUCACACAAAAUCAGCUGAAACUCUUCAGUUGAUUUUACACUGAACUUUCAAGAUUCAGGUCUCAAUAACGAUGUAGCACACAUCAGGGAUUCUCAGUACUUCCACUGAUCUCAUUCGAACACGCUUUCCCGUUCUAAUGUCAAUGCUGAUCUGUUUUGCUAAUUCGCCAUGAUCAGACUUUAUUCCGUUACAGUGGAACCUGUACACUGAUGCUCAUCAUAACUAAUCCAUAUCUGCCAAACCAUCACCGAGUGGACAUACAUUUAACAAAGACAAUCAUGCUUGACAAAUUCUACUGAUGUUAAUAGGUUUAUGUAUACUAGUGCAUAAUGUCAGUUCUUUUCGAGUAUUCUUUUAAAUUAUACAUGGAUUUUAUUCGAAUUGUUUGUUUUUGUUUUUUCUUCCGUUUGCUGGAAAUGUCUAAAUUCUGCUUGUAUCAUUUGGUUUUUAUCACCAGACUUUUGAUUCCAAAUAAAGUAUCUUCUGACA